GGCCAACGAUUUUACCCCGAGCCCUGAUUGGUUGCUUUUGCGUAGGUUUCCCUCAGAACUGCAAGACUGAUAUUGCGUUACAGUGUAGCAAAAUGGCGGCUGUCAUUCAGAACCCACUAAAAGCGUUGGGUGACCAGUUCUACAAAGAGGCCAUUGAGCAGUGCCGCAGCUACAAUGCCCGCCUGUGUGCCGAGCGCAGCGUGCGCCUGCCCUUCCUGGACUCCCAGACCGGUGUGGCACAGAACAACUGCUACAUCUGGAUGGAGCGCCACCAUCGCAGCCCUGGGGUGGCUGCAGGUCAGAUGUAUACAUACCCUGCCCGCUGCUGGAGGAAGAAGAGACGGCUGCACACCUCCAUGGACUCUCGUCUACGCCUCUGUGGCCUACAGCUAGAUGGAGGACUCACAGGCAAGGAUACGCUUCCCACACAGGACACCACACUGGAGGCUCUUCUCAGAGGGGAGGGCCUAGACCAGAGGAACAACUCUAAGGAUGAGGAGAGUCUCCUAGAAAUCCAGAGGGUGUUGGAGGCGGACGCAGCUGAAGGUGCAUACCAUGACGAUGAGGACUAUGAAGUGGACCCCCCCAAAAAAAGACACAGAGGAAAAGGCAGAGGUCGGGGUUCAGGCCGCAGGAGGACAGAGAUGGAUGACCAGGACAAGCCAUACGGCUGUGACAUCUGUGGGAAGCGCUACAAAAACCGUACAGGGCUGAGUUACCACUACACCCAUUCCCACCUGGCAGAGGAGAAGGGGUCCGAGUCCUCCCGGUCACCCUCCACACAACGCUCUGACAGACACAAACGUCAGAAGGGCCCAGGUGGGUCUGCCAGUACCAAUAACUACUGUAACUUGUGCCGGUGUACACCAGGCUCCAACAGGGGUAAAUCUGGGGAGAGGGUACCCUGCUCAGUCUGCCGGUGCUCCACUGGACGCCCAGAAGAGAAGGAGGACAGCAGGCCGUUUGCCAGGGCAGAGGAACUAUUUGGCACCACCUCAGAGAGCGACACAUCCACGUUUCACGGCUUUGAGGAUGAUGAGCUUGAAGAGCCCUCGUCAAACGGCAAGGGGACAUCCAACCGAUACAGAUAGAGAAGAACUUACUAGGUUUAAAUACUAUUUUUAAUAUGGAUAACCUCUAGCAAAAGUCUGCUGCUUCAUUUUAAAUGUUUUUUUGUUGUUGUGGAAAGCACAAGUGAUUAUUUCAGGAGCGAAAUGCAAGAAGUGUUAUUUUAUUAUCUACUGAACCUUGUUUAAUAAUUUAUGAACAUGUUUUUUAUAUUAACUUUGAAAGCAACAAGAAACGGUGUUUCUUGACAAGUGACUUGCUCUUCAUGUGAAACUGAAGGAAGAAUCACUUCUUGGAUUUUUUUCCCCCUGGAACAGAAAAGGCAAUUAUGUUAUAAACAAACACUGGAACGUGGAUAUCAUUGUAUUGCUCUUUUUGGGAUGAUUUGCCAGAGAAAAUGAAAUUCAAUAAUUUAUCUGAAAUUAAAUAACUUAAAUGAUAAACUUGAGUUUGGAUGCGGAAUGAAUGUCAACACCAACCCAUCCCUCGGCUUGUUGAUGUCACUGGAAUCACCAGGCAGUUUGGAAAGAGGAGCUUUUAGAUGACACCUCCACUGCUUCAUUCUCUGGAUUAUAAUAAUGUGGCAAUGAAGGAGUGAAGUGAAGGAUUGACGUGUGUGGAUGAAGCAGAGAGCUAUGAAGACAUAACAGAAGCAGGGCAUGGCUAGCUGAAAGGCGUACCGUGGAAUGAAGAUCCAGAGGGCUGUGAAGCCAGUGAGGGGUGAGGUUCAGGACGCUCAACACUGGGCCUCUACACACCCCUCCACUGGACUCAAAAAAUCUAUCUGGCUGACAGUCAGACACCAUACAGCCAUCCAGCCAGCCUGCCAGCGACCCCAUACUCUCUGACUCAGACAUUUUCUCUUUUUGAAUUUCCACCCUGAGAAUAUGUAUUGAUUAUCCCAGAAGGAACGUAGAAAACGAGUGGCUCCACAUACAGUGAGUCUCUCCUGCACUGCAAUGCACUGUGCUGUACGGUACCUUUCCUGUAUAAGGAAAGGUCAGGGCUGUGGGUUCUGUGCCCACAGAGUGUGUUUGGACCAUGUGUGUUGCUACUCUACGGCUGUGUCCACCAUGCCCAUGGGAUCCAAUGUGACACUGAGACGUCAUUAACUUCAUCACUGUGCCAGCCUGUGACCCAGUUGGGAACCAGCUCUGACAGCCAUAGUGACCCAGUGACCUGAUUGAACCACUCUGACCUCUAACUUCUGACCCCUGCCAUAGCGACGGUGCUGAACUCCGUCACUAAUACAACAAAACCUCUAGACUACUUAGACAUGCUCUUUUCUCCUCUCUCUUCUCUUGCUCUCUUUAAUGUCAAACUAAUGUAGAGUUUGCUUUAAUCCCAUCCAUCCUCGUGUUUCAGAAUUGUGCUAUAUUCCUUUGUUUUGAACAGAAUAUUGACAGAUUGGGUUCUUAGUGUCAUUUAAGUGUAUCUGCUGAUUAUUCUGAUGUCUUCUGUUUGUUCUGGCUUUGUUGAUAUGUCUUUCUACAAUACCUACUAUUACUACUACAGUACUACUACUCAGGCAUAUGAUUUGUACUGCUGUUGAUUGUUCUUGUGUCUGCAUAAUGAUGCAGUCAGUAUCAGGCCACUCUCCCCUGCCUGCCUCAUGAUGUAUUCCAUUGGUCAAAAGGAUAGAAAUACCUGAUGAGGGUGUUGACAAGGAAUCAGAAAGGGCAAUAAAAUAAAAUGGAUGGCGCAUAGUUUAGUCAUCACACUAACACAUGUCUAUUUAGCCCAGCUUUAACAAACCAUUGCAAUAACAAAACAUUCUGAACUGUGCCCAACUGAGUUCUUGGGCACAUUACUCCAAUUUCUCUCCUUCCUCUGAUUCCUCAAACACUUUUGUCCAGAAUCACUUUUAGGUAACUGCCAAAAUAAAGGAAACACUUCAGUAAAUGAGGGAUACAAAGUAUAUUGAAAGCAGGUGCUUCCACACAGGUCUGGUUCCUGAGUUAAUUAAGCAAUUAAAACGUCCCAUCAUGCAUAGGGUGAUGUAUAAAAAUGCCCAGUUGCCCAUUAGUUUUUUGCUACCAUGGCUAGAAGAUGUGAUUUUGAAAGAGGGGUCUCAAAAGAGCAUAGCUAGGGGGUUAAUAGUGCUUGGGUGUGUGUGCAUGCUUGCACUUUUUAAUAGAUGGGGAUAAGCAAUUGAACACUUAUUGGAGGUUCUGGAGUGGCACCUGUGACAGCGUUUUCCACCACCAUCAAUAAAACACCAAAUGAUAGAAUUUCUCAUGGAAGAAUGGUGUUGCAUCCCUCCA